AUGUUCGACACACCAAGCGCUCACCUGCUGCCGAGCAACCCCGGUUCCACAACUGCUACUAUUGGUGCAUGGCGUGCGGAGCAACUCGAGCUGCGCUUCCGCUGGCAGGCACAGCACAUGCGUGCCUUCAUCACGAACAGCGUCUGGACUUUUAGAUGUCCGAGGUUCGGACACCCGUUGGGACCUGUGGAACCGUACGCAACUGAUCUGCAACGAAGGCUUCACCGGUACUUGAGGCCUGCGUUGCAGCGCGCUACUUGUAGACUUGUGGAGGACGGCCUGGAAGCGCCCUCUCGCCAGCACGACGGACUUGAAGUAGACUCACGGGCACCGAUACGGGUAGCAGUGGUUGCAAUGGGCUGUGCGAAGAACACCGUCGACGCUGAGGUUUUCCUCGGAGACCUCAGCGCUAAAGGCUUCCAGAUUGUAUCCGAAAACGAACCCGCUGACGCGAUCAUCGUAAAUACGUGUACCUUCAUCGACGAGGCCAAGUCCGAGUCGAUUUCCGCAAUCUUGGAGGCUGCAGCACGGAAAAAGAGCGGCACACGUGCUCUAGUCGUAACAGGAUGCAUGGCGCAACGCUAUGCUGACGAGCUGGCCAAAGAGAUUCCCGAAGUGGACGCUGUGAUCGGCUUUGCUGCUUAUAACCAACUUGCUGAGCAGAUCCAGCGCCUCGUCAGGAAGCAGCAUCGCAUGGAGAAGCAGUCGACUGUUCAGGUUGGAGCGGUGGACGUCCCUUUUCGACCAGAGUAUCGAAGGCAUCGACUCGGUGCCAGCCAUACAGCGUACUUGCGAGUCGCCGAGGGCUGCGACCAUCAGUGUGCGUUUUGUGCAAUCCCCCAGUGGCGUGGACGUUUUCGCAGCAAACCGUUCGAUCAGCUCGUGGAGGAAGCGCAUCAUCUUGUUGAGAGACAGGGUGUACGUGAGCUGUGUCUCAUCGCAGAGGACACGAACAUGUACGGCAUGGACCGGGGUCCCGAGACGCCCCGACUAGCCGAACUGCUUCGAUAUUUCCAGAGAGAACUCGUUCCCCGGGGUCUCGUCUGGAUUCGACUCCUCUACUGCUAUCCAUCGUAUUUUUCUGAUGACCUUAUUGCGGCCAUUGCGGAAUGUCCAGCAGUGGUGCGGUGUAUCGAUAUUCCGCUCCAGCAUGCAAGUGACGCCGUGUUGCAGCGCAUGCGUCGACCGCUGAUGUCGCAUACAAGUGCGCUGCUGAACAAGCUGCGACAGCGCAUUCCAAACCUCAAACUGCGCUCGACGUUUAUUAGCGGGACCCCGGGGGAAACCGCCCGCGAUCAUCAACAGCUGGUCCGGUUUAUCCAAGAAAUGCGCUUUGCCCGAGCGGGUUUCUUUUCCUACUCAGCAGAAGAGCGUACGCCCAUGGCUGAAAUGGAGGAUCAAGUGCCGCCACAGGUCCAGGAACGUCGCCGCGACCAACUAUUUAGUCUGCAACAAACCAUUCAGGAGCAAAUCGCCGAAUCCCUCAUCGGAACCGAAAUCGACAUCCUCAUCGAUCGCAGCGAAGGCGGUCAUCUGGUAGGCCGCACUUUUAUGGACGCUCCGGAUAUCGAUGCUGUGGCCUAUGUCCUGCAGAAUGACUGGGAGCCCGGUUCAUUGGUUCGGGCGCGCGUUGUGAGCACCAGCGGCUGGGACCUUCUCUGUGUGGCAUGUCCACUGCCCUGA